GUGGACAGGUGGACUGAUGUCUGCUGUAUUUAGGAAAAGGCAAGUGGUUAUGUUAUUAUUAUUUUCCUCUAUUGGCGCCCGGUUUUUAUGAGUCCCGCGAAUCAGGUCUCAGGUGAAUUUUUAGAUACCUACUUCGUACGCUGCGCGCAAAACAAAAAAGCAACCAGCUAUUUUCCAGCCACCGACGGUAACGUUAGCCCAGCCAGCUUUGAGAGCGGAUGCGCUGCAGAUCAUUUACGCCCUGCUUUUGCCUCGCUAGCUCAAUCAAGCCUUCGUCUCCUCAAAGUAAAUUAGUCUAUUAGUGUUGUUGCUAUUAUUAUUUUUUUUUUUAUUGUUAUCAUUAUCCCCUUUUUCUUUUUCUCCUUAGGAGAUUUGAGGCUCCAGCGCCGUUGCCGAUACGUGCAGGUACAAUACAAUUACCCAAAGCUUUAGACCGCCUGGACAGAUUACGCACCGAGCUUUUAUAACUCCUAAUUGCAUCACUCUUUUCCCGGCUCACCGCGGUAUACGUAUAAUACAUCUAGCUUAGCAUAAUGUCUAUUCCCCUAACACGGCUAGGAGGUGGAGCCUUCAACCAUAGUCCGAGUAAUGAUGCCGAAGCCGAAUAUGACCGGCUCCGGGACCUAGCGCGGGCGGAAGCCGCGAAGCGGAACAGUUGUUUCGAUCGGGCGCACCAGGCGUACGAGCGCGGCGACGGCGCGGAGGCCAAGGAGCUGAGCAACGAGGGCAAGCGGCACGCGGCCAAGAUGGAGGAGUACAACCGGCAGGCGAGCGAGUACAUCUUCCGGGAGAACAACGCGCCGGGCCGCGUCGCCGACGACACCGUCGACCUCCACGGCCAGUUCGUCGAGGAGGCCGAGGACAUCCUCGAGCGCAGGAUCCGGUACGCCCAGGAGCACGGGCAGACCCAUCUUCACGUCAUCGUCGGCAAGGGCAACCACAGCACCGACCACGUGCAGAAGCUCAAGCCCCGCGUCGAGCAGGUGUGCCGGGAGCUCGGCCUGCAGUACGCGACGGAGGAUAACGCGGGCCGGAUCUACGUCAAUCUCCAAGGCGGCGAGGCCGUAAUCCCGCCGCUCCCGCCGCAGCCCCCGGCUCAGCACGGCGGACACGGGCACGGGCAGCCGCAGCACCAGCAGGGAGGCCGGCCGCAGCAGCAAGAGGAAGAGCCGGACGAGCUGGAGCGGCUGGUGUCCAAGUUUUUCAAAAAGCUGGGGGACUGCUGUGUGGUUAUGUGAGAGGGGGUUUUGGCAAGCCGAGUUUUCUCAGGAUGUAUGUCAGUCAGUUAGCUAAGGACCUUGGAAUAUGGGAUGGGCGCUUCGGGUAUCGUGGUCUGGAUGGUCCGGACUAGAGAUUCCAAGGAGAAAAGUGACAUCUUUUCGGGGUCGGUAAAGAGAAAAAGAAAAAAAGAAAAGGAGAGAAAUUCUUGUGGUUUCUAACCAGGCUUGGGUUAGGGAUGCUUGCACGCUUAUGAGGUUAUUCGGGCCCGGUUUAUGAUUCUAGGGAGCACCUUAGGUUGAAGUAUUGGUAGAGUGAAAUUCAAUGAUGGAAAUGCGAAUUUGCAUUCUAU